AUGUUCGAUAAAGCUAGUGUUAUUGGCGAUUGGAUACCACUAGGACACGUGAAAUUAAAAGAGUCCACAUUGUACGAGCUAUCUGAAAAGAUCAAUCUCAACAAAGCCACUCAUUUUGCUGGAUGUUCUUAUGGAGGACCUAUAGCGAUAGCCGAAUCACGAGAUCAAGCUAGUUGGGAUGUAAUGAUUACAACUUCAUCGGGAAGGCCUCUUAUUAAAAAACCUAUCAGAAAAGGUGAUGUAUUCGGUUUGGGUUGGUCGAGAGCUCAACGAUUAUUGGUAAUUGAUAGACACGGUUGUGUGAAUCGAUAUCGAGCAAAUGGACAAUCUGAUGAAUCGUUCUACUUUUCUGCGGAUAAGUCCGAGAUUAUCGAUUACUGUAUUUUUAAUUAUGGCUCAAGUGAUACAGGAAUGGCCGUGCUCGACAGACAAUAUCGGAUCUGGGUUGUAAAUUCAGUAAAAGAAGCAAUUCCAUGGCUUAUGCAAUCUCCAUCUGGUGAAAAACCAUCAGGAUGGUGUGCAUUUCAUGGAUCGACGUUGAGUACUGUAAUUAUUGUACAUGGAGUGAAAUUUAUGAGUGGACAACAGGGAGAACAUAUGAGACCGAUGUCAACUCCUUGGGCGGAACGAGAUGGACAAUAUGUGAAGAUUGUUCCCAAUUGGUCGAUUUCUUGGAUCGGUCUCUAUCAUUCAAAAAGAUUGAUACAAGUUGUUUCGACCGAUUUCAGCAAGUUGUUCAUGACAAUUCCUGUCCCAGGCGAUCAACAAAUCAUCAAGUUCGGAUGGGUAGGAGAGACAUCCCUUUUUUGUCAACGCUCCUCCCAUCUCAUCCAUUUUUUCGCCUCCGAUUCUCCGACUGCAAUCUAUGAACAGCAAAGAGAUUUUUCGCAAAUUGUCAUCGAGCCUGAUGGUCUGCGAUUGCAUGGAGAUUCACAUGUGACAUUUAUUGGGCCUGUUUCAAAAUCUGAAUAUGAAGUAUUGGGUGUGGCGUCAGAUUCGGAUGGAGCUUUCCUCUUUGAAGCUUCAAUUCUUGCCGAACAAGGAAAAGCUGGACAAGCAUUUGAACAUUUGACAAUUAUGGUAAAGGAUAUGAAUAAAGCAAUCGCCGAAUGUCUUUCUGCUGCAUGCAACUCAAUGAAAACUCAACUACAAAAAUUGCUUCUCAAGGCUGUCCGUUUUGGUGUCCCAUUUUGUACAUCAUUUGAUCCAAAAUCUCUUGUUCGAGCAAUUUCCCUUCUUCGAACAAUCAAUGAAGUUCAUUUAGAAAGAACGGGAAUACCAAUCACUUAUGAACAAUUAGAAGAGCUUUCUGUGAAAUCUCUCGUUUCUCGUCUUGUUGAUAUUGAAGCAUUCGGUGUGGCUGUGAGGAUCAGUUCAUUUUCAGAAGAGACAAAAACUGAUGGACCGGAUAAUGUUUUGUUGGCUUGGGUAAAAGCUUUGUUUGAAUCGGUGGCUGAUCGAAAGGCAACUUUUGAUAUGACAAUUUUGGAUGAGAGGAUUGCCGAGAAGUUUAAAGAGUUCCCACAUGUUUCAUUUGGAGAUGCAGCCAGAAAAGCAAUCGAUGCCGGUCUUCCACAUCUUGCUCGUUUACUCAUUAAUCGAGAAAGUGACGAAGAAAAACAGGUUGAAGUUCUUCUUUCGUUGCAAGAUGUGAGCGAUGCUUUGAAAUUGGCGGCUCGUGUCCAAAGGCCCGAAUUAUUACAUCAAGUGAUACGACAUUUGAUGAAACAUAAGAAUAAAGCACAAUAUGAAUUGGAAAUCCAGAAAAUACCACAAGCUCAAUGUCUUUACGCAAAAUAUGUGACGCAACGAGGUGGAGAUGGAGGAUCUGGAGGGGCAAGAAUGCUCGCACUUUUGGAACAAAGCUCGGAUUUGGAUAGGAAAAUAUUAUAUCAUAUUGACAUGGCAACACAAGCUGAUCCCACAUUAAAUAACGAAGAACAUGUGAACAAUCUGAAAGCCGCCCGGAAUAUCGCCGCACAAUUGAAGGAGCCAUCAAUCACUGAUUUAUUAUCUCUCGCCGUUGCACAAGUGAAUGCUGAUUGGAGUGAAUCUACGGCGAGACAAAGGAUAAUCGAGAAUGUUGGCGAACCAUCGAUUAUUCAAGCAACAAAACAAGUGAUGAAGUUGACUGAUAAAGAAGUGACAUUAUGGACAAUUGAGGGAUUGGCAUUGAAAAGAAGUUGGGAACAAUUAUUUGAUAUGGCAAGCAAGAGAUGUCCCGUAUGGAUUGGCGCCAUUCAUCAGUGCUUGUCGCUUCUUCCACAAUAUAAAACAUCUGAAAAAGUGUAUGCACACAUUGCUUUGGGAAGUUUUGUCACCGCCGCAAAAUUGGCGUUUGAUGCAAAAGAUCGUGAUUUGAUGAGGAAGCUCAAAGUCAUCCGAGUGGAAAACCCUGAAAAAGGAAAAGCUGUCGAUAGAGGAAAGAGCGGUCAAGGCUCACCCAUAGAAACAACCACAAUUGACACGGGAAAAGAGAAAGAGAAAGAAUCGAUGGAUGGAGAAGAGGAAAAAAGAGAAGAAUGGAACGAAAGGGGAGAAGAGAAGGAGGAAAACGAGGAAAAGGAGGAGAAGGAGGGCAACGAGAAGUCCCUUGUGGGACAUACCACACAACACACAACAAGGGAAGCGGGUGACCUAUUCAACGAUAGUCUUCUAAAAGGAAAAUAUUCACAACAAUCAUCUAUACCUUCAUAUCCAUUACAACCACCACCAAAAUCACCUAGAAGACAGCCGAGACAAGUGGAGAGAUUAUCGAGAAUGGACACGUCAACGAUGAGCUCGAGAAGUGCUCAUUCUGGAUUACGAACUCGAUCACAAGGGCCGAGAAGACCAAUGACAAAUCGUGAAGAAAAUCAAAAAAUAGCCGGAAAUCCAGGAAAAUCGGGGAGAAGUAAUAGUGUCACCCGUAUUCUUCAGGAUGAGAAAGCACGAAGUGAAGCUGAGGAUGCGAGAAGGAGAGAACAAGCCGACGCUGCUUUUCUUGAAUGGUUGAAGCGAAAAAUGAAAGCGCCGAGAGAACCAAAAUGCAGUCCGACAAGAGAACAACUCGAACAGCACAAUCGUGCAGAUGCCCGCCAGAAAAUGCUCAAUCAUUGGCAUGCAAAAUUUCCGCGCUCAAAAUCAAGAUCUGGUGGACGGUCUCCCGAUAUUCCUUCUAUUAGAUAUGAUGCUACUCUU